GUUGACCACUGGAAUCAGCCGAGAACAACAGCUAGCAUGGCUGACGUGAAACUUAAAGUCCGAUGGACUUCAGAAAUGGAGAACAAACUCGUGGAGCUGUGGGAAGAGAGAGAAUGUUUAUUCAACGUCUCUGCCAAGUCGUAUCAUAGCAGAAACGACAAGGACAAGAGUUGGCAAGAAAUCGCCAGUGCCAUGCAGUUAUCGGUGGAAGAAGUACGUGGAAGAGCUACAACAUUAAGGACACAAUAUUCGAAACUACUAAAAAGUAAAGCAAGUGGGAGUGAAGAGAAGGCCUUGACAGCAAAGCAGACAUGGAUGCUCAAGUCCCUGUCCUUCCUCAAAACAUAUGUCAUCCAACGUACUACCAGCCUUCCCACCUCCAUGAAAAAUACCCUGGCUACAGAGGAGCUUCCCUGCAGUGAUCAAGAUGAAGCACCAGAGUGGUCCGAGGAUUCGGAGCGGUUAACAAGUGCCUCGUCUGGAUCAUCUACUCCGCUAACUUCCCAUACUCUGGAACCUUCCAAAAAACGAAAGAAAAUCCAAUCCACUGAUGCCAUUGAAUUGGAGAAAAUAAAAAUUUUACAGCAGAUGUCAAGAACUUUAAAGAAUAGAAGUAGACCAGCUGCAGACGCUGACACCACGUUCGGAGUUCAAGUUACCUCAGAGCUGAAGCUCAUUACAGAUCCGGUGGUCAAGACAAGAGUCAAGCGGCGGAUCAUGACUGCUUUAUACGAGGCUCAGGAAUUAUUCCUGCAAAGCAGCUGGCCCUGGAACUGAUCAAAAGAAGGCAGGGUUGUUUUUCUUGUUGUUGUUUUUUAAAAAAUCUUUUUUUUUUUAGCAUUAAAGGAGUAAGUCUCUGCUAAUGACUGUGUAGAUUUUCAAUCAUCCAAGUCAAUCCUAAAUGUGUGAAUAGAAGGCAACUGGAUUUUUGGAGAAUGAAUCCAGUUGUCCUAUUUGAGCACUAAGAUUUUUUUUAUAUUUACCCAAUCAUAAUUAACCCGUUAACAACAGACAUCCUGGGUUGGGACCUGACAAAUAAAUCUGUAUUUUACUCAGUCUCCCUACCAAAUACCUUAGACACCACUGGAAGCUAAGGUUCUGCACUCCAGUAUUAGAUGGUACCACAACAAAAAUGGUCCUGUUACUUCAGCAAGGGUCAGUAAAAGUAGUCCAGUAAAAUAGUUGGCCCAUAACAAGUCAAAUAUCCAUUAAAAAAAUCAUUUUAGGCGAAAAUUGCAAGAUUUUAAGGAAUAAAACAGUAAUGGCUGCAGGGUGAAGAUCCAUCCACAAGGAAGGAUGACGAGCAGAUUGUAUUUGUGUGCUAAGGAGACUUAAAGUAUUUAUGAUCCAUUAUGAACCACAGUGCAAGCUUAUUGUGGUGAAUAGCAACAUUAAAUAUAUUGUUCAACUUGUGUGUACACAUUUACUAUAACUACCUUACCCUGAGACUUGUUUCUUUUUUUAUUUUGUUAAAAACUGCAACUUUUUCAGGACAAAUAGUCCUUGUGGGGACCGAAGCCUGAUCUUAACGACGCAGCAUGUCAUUUCUGGAGUAGUGGUUAUAGUUAAAGUGUGAGAAAAAAGGUAUAGUUACAGCAGUAAUUACCUAUGAUUAUGAUUUGUCUAUCUACAAUAAAUACAAGUCAGUGCAAAGUCAUAAUAAGAACAGUCCAUGACUGCUGAGUUUUGUCAAGGCUGAAAAACGUUAACCACUCCCAUUUUGGAACAUAACCUAUGUCUGGCAAAGCCUUAUGAAAGUUAAACUAUAUCUUUAGAAAAAUUCUGCAAAUGGACUAAUACAGCCAACCAAACAACUUUGUCAACAAAGAUAAAAUGGACAGCUGCAAAACCUUGUGUGUAAUUGAAGCCACAACAUGAAAGAUUUAAAUAAAAUGAUAAAAACAAUUAUUUGCUUAAAGAACUCUUAUGUGUUGUCUAUUAAUACAGAGCUUUAAUGUCCUGAUGUUCCUCUCUCUGUCUUCUCAGCACAGCAACAGUAAAAUCAUGUGAUCUUUGUAGCUUUACCCUAGAAAAAUUCAGGCAUGGUUGACCUGACUCAAACUCAUGCUAUGUGUCAUAAAUCUAGAUGUCUUAUAGAAGAUACCAUAUAGGAGUCAUUAAACAUGAAUUGUCCAUCUUAUUCUGUGGAUAAAUGCAUUUCCUGUAAGCUUUCAUUUUGACCUUAUUACAGCUGGUUAAUUCAAUCAUGUCAUAGUAGCACAUCAGAAAAUGGAAAGGAAAAAACUGUGCCCACAUUAGCAAUAUAGCAACACAGAAAAAAAAUGUAAUAAGCUUGCCUUAAUUCACCUCUACUAAUAGUUCCAUCUAUAAAUACUCAUUCAGAUAAACCUAAGGGAUAUACAGCAAACGUUUUAAAACACCCAUAUUUCCGCUUGUAUACCCGACAUGAGACAACAGAUUGACAAAGUUUUCCAGGGAAUACCAUCCAUCCAUAUCCUGUGACAAAAUCCCCACUGACGACACAUUAACGGUGAUGUAACAGAGUAACAUAAACACACACAAUCCUUAGCGAGGUGAGAGAUAUAAAUAUGAGAUCCAUUAAGCCAGGACGAGCUGAGCUCUCGGUGGACCCCAGGAAACUCCCAGAGUUCCCUCUUGUACGUCAUCAGUGUCUCCUGUUGCCUAGCACCCUCCCACAUCAUGUACCUGCUUAAUGCCGCCAAAAAAACCUCUGCGCAUUCUCAUUAGACUAAGAUAUUUCCAACCCUUACCAUAGUACACACUACUGAGCGUUAAUAAUUCCACUGCAGGCAAAGAUCAGUGUUCACACUUUUGGAGAAUAUAAAAUAUUUCAGACUGUCAUGGUUUCAGUUAUGUACACAAAUAUUCCCUCAUAGCUCAAAUACUUAUAUACUUAAAUAGUGCACUUUUCAGAAUCUAUGUGAUGGUUUGGUGCAGAUAUGUCAUAUAUAUUUGGUCCUAAAAUACCUGACAUAAUGUUAGCAGGGUUCAAUGCACAGGACGACAUAAAUGACUGCUGGAAUAACUAGCUUUUUGCAUUGAUCUUAUCUCCCAGUUCUCUCCCUCAUCCUCUCCUGCCAGUCAAUAUGUCCUAACCAAACAGCCCCAUGGGCAGCAGGGGGAGGGGGUGUACGCUGUGGACCAAAGUGAGAAACUGGUACACUGAUGGAAACAGUUGGAAGGGGAGGAGGGAAAGAGGAGGCAUAUGAGCCUAUAAAAAAGAGAGGGAGAGAUCAGAAACUCCAGAGCUGCAUCACUGCAUCCCUCCACACGAGCAGACAUACCCUCUCCUUAACCAGGAUUGCAAGCUUGAAGACAUGGACAUGGAAAAAUCUCCCUCCAAAUUAAUGGUGCUGGAAUUUAAAGAAGACACUGCUCUGACAGAGAUGAUGCGUCUUCGUGUGUCUUCUCUGAAGAGGUCAGGGCAGAAGCGUCAGGAUGGUGAACGUCUGCUUCUUCCCUAUGAGGCUGUGUAUCGUCUGGACUUCCCCACCCAGGAGCUGAAUUUCUCCCGUUGGUAUUUCUCUCUCUCCGGCCACGGCCGGGUCACCAUCACCGGUAUUUCCCAGCACUGGACCCCUGACCUCACCAACCUGAUGACCCGUCAGCUUCUGGAACCGAUUGGGACAUUUUGGCGAAACUCUGAGGACCCAGAGGACUCGCCACUCAAGUGCUUGGAGGCAGACAUGCAGGAGUUCGGGGAAAGAAUUGCUGAGCUGGCCAAAGUGAGGAAAGUCAUGUACUUUCUAUUUGCUUUUAAGGAUGGGGCAGAGGCAGCAAACCUAAGCUGCUCUAUUGAGUUCACACCAGAGAAAUGACUUUACAUCCAACCAGGAGUCCUGCUGUAGCACUAGAAAAGCCUUCAUGUUUUCUUCUUAAAUAUUCUCCUUCAAACUCACUCACAGAUGAACCCAUUUUUAUUACACCAUCACACCC